AUGUUCUCUAGAAGAAGGUCCAGAAGCAACUUUAGGGACUCCUAUACAGGUGUCAGUUCAACGCCGUUUUCAAUGGCAGCCAACCCCAUUCUGGUACUAAUUCCCAUUUCCAAGCCAACCUCGGAUGUCAGACCAAGUUCUGGAGCCGUUGCAGCAGCUACCGCCAUUGGGAAAGCUCUCAAGAAUGCAAACGGAUCGGUAGUCAACAUGUCUGUCCCUGGCCACACCAACAGUCUCCAGAGCCGUUCAAAUGGAUUCGCUCGCUCGUCCAGUUUCACUCACAGACCACCAUCAAGGACCAGUUCAUUUGUAUACUCUCCUAGCAGACAAGCCUCGGUCGAUAACUUCGAAGAUGCCCGAGAGUCCUUCAAUGAGACCCCGGCAAGGCCCUCUGUGCGCCCCGGAAACACCGUGAGGCACAAGGUGUCGUUCUCCUCGGAACCGCCAAAACCGAAGAUGGUGAAGAAGUAUGUUCCCUCGCGUAAUGGGCUGGUUGCAAUAGAGGUUCCAGCUUAUGACCCCCCUUUACCGCGUUCAAAAGUUCCUAGAUCAAGUUCCAUGGGAAGUUUGUCGCUCGCAAACAAGCGUGCGGUCAACUCGAGGACGAACUCGCUCACUUCUGCUAGACAGCCAGUGAAGAAAGCCAGUUCUGCUUCCUUCUACAGGCCAGAGCCAAUUAUCAAAGAGGACGAGGAGUUGUCCCAUGCGGAUGUAGAGAGAAACCAGCAACUCCACGAUGAGGCUGAGGUUCAGAGGAUUACCGACGAGCAGUUUGCCCUUCUUGUGGCUGAGAAAGAGCGGGAGAUUCUCGAGCAGAUCAAGUCUGAUCUGGGAGAGGCCGAGUCCGUGUAUUCUGCGUUUUCUGAAAAGGGGAGAGAGGAUGCUUCUAAGGUAGAAUUUGAGACUUUGCCAGUUGAGGCGACCGAGGUGGCAAAAACACCAACUUUGGAAGAACCAAAGGAUAUCCCAGCUGAAGUACCAAUCAUUUCUGAAACGGAAGUUCCGGUUGAUGAUUCAGUGUCAGCUAAGUCUGAAGCAGCUGGAAUUCUUGUCACUGAUAAGCCCGACGUUGCCGCUGAGACUCCGGUAGUUGACAAGUCUGAUGUUCCGACUGAAACCGCUCCACAAGUCCCAACCCUCAUUGUCAAGCAAACAGAAACUUUGGACGAAGACCAUGAUGCAUCCAGCACAGAACUCAAUUUUGUGUCUCACUAUUCAGACUCUAAGGAGAUGAUCAAUCUCUAUAGCGAGCAAGAUUCUGCUCCUCAGACUGGAACUUCAGAUUAUCUCACUUCUUCGAAGUCAGAGGCCAUUUCUCCUUCUACCAGUGCAACGAGCGAGUAUAGCACCGAAGAGCCACAAAAAGCGUUCGGGGGACCAAUUAGUAUGGCCCAGCAACUUCGUUCAGCAAUGCCUGGUCUUUCCAAUGGAGCUCAUGAUAUCCCAGAGAGAUCAGCAAAGAGGCCCGUUUCUGCGCAGGGGAUUCAGGAUCCUUCUCUCCAGAGAAGAAGGUCUGCAUUGAAGCAAUCGUCCAGGACAUCGCUUUCAUCUGCUUCAAAGCCAUCCCCUGCUGCCCAGGCGUAUCUUUCUCUCACGACUGCAGAGAACACGAGACUGAAUGCCCAGAUGUCUCAAACAUCUUUGAACGUUUCUCAGCACUCGCCAGAGAAACCGCAGUCAUAUGCUGCUCCUCAAUCACAACAUUACGCUACCCCUCCACCUGCACCUCCACAGCAGCAGAAACAGCAACAACCUUCUCCCAUGCGCAACGCUUCUCUCAGAAGAUCCCUUAGACCUCAGUCAGAAGGCCCAGGAACACUUCGUACUAGUUUGAGAGGACCUCAGUCUACUCGCAAAUCUGUCCAACAACCCCAACAAACCCCUGCUGUUAACGGAUUUGCAGCUGCAGCUGCUCUGCACAACCACCAUCAAAACCAGCAGAACCAGCAGAACCAACAGAACCAACAGAACCAGCCUGUCAGGCCUAUUUCCAGACAAGGCCUUCAAAAGCCGUAUGCAAAAUCUGAUGCACAAUUGCGGGCUGCAGAGCUCUACAAGGUUGCAAAUGCCACUAAAGGCGGAUACGUUCCUUUCGAUUCCGAGCUGAAGCGCUCCUCGAGUUAUGAAAAGACUGCACCAGCUCCUGAUGCUGGUUUCCGCAAGAUGACAAUGCGCGACGAGUUGGAGCCAGCGAUUGCUUCAACAUAUGAGCAGCAGCCUACUCCAGUCAGUACUGGCCAUAAUGGCAACUAUAACCGUGGUUUCAAGUCUAGGUUCGUUGACUCUGAUGAUGAAGAUGUUCAUAUUCCUUCUCUGUCGAAGUCCAGCAACGGAAACAUGACUCGAACUUUGAAUGGCCAGAGAAGUGCCAGUGAUAUGCGCCAGACAGCUGUAAAGACUAACCAACCGAGGUUCUUUAGUGAGGCUGCUGAGCCUGCACAAGCAGCACCCGAGGAAAAGAAGAAACGGUUUGGCAAGCUGAAGAAGUUAUUUGGAAGGUCGUGA